AUGGCGGCCGUACGGGUGGAGGCGGUGCUGGCGGCCGCCGAGGAGCAGGAGGCGGAGAAGCGGCGGAGCAUCACGGUGGAAAAGGAGCUGGAGCUGGAGUACGACCUGGGCAAUUUGCUGGCGGUGGACCGCAACCCCCCGCCGGCGGCGGCGCUGCGCGGGGCCGGCCCGCGGCGGGAGGCACUGCUGCAGGCGCUGGCCCGCGACAACACGCAGCUGCUCGUGUCUCGGCUCUGGGAGCUACCGGCCGAGCGCGCCGGCGGUGCCGGGGGCCCGCUGGUGGCGCAGCUGCCCGAGCCCACGUUCCGCCUGCCGCGGGAGAAGCCGCCGCCGAAGCCGCGGCCGCCGACGCGCUGGGAGCAGUUCGCGCGGCUGAAGGGCAUCCGCCGCAAGAAGAAAACCUCGCUGGUGUGGGACGAGCAGGCCAAGGAGUGGCGGCGGCGCUGGGGCUACCGGCGGGCGGGCGGAGACCCGUCCCGCGCCUGGCUGGCAGAGGUGCCGGCGGGCGCUGACCCCGACGAGGACCAGUUCGCUCGGCUGCGGCGGGAGAAGCGGGAGCGGGUGGCACGCAACGAGCUGAACCGGCUGCGCAACCUGGCCCGAGCCCACCGCGCCGGGAGCGCCGUGCCCGCCGCGCCGCUGCACCCCACCGGCCACCAGGACCGCGACGAGCUGCGCCGGGUGGCCCGCGUGGCCCGCGUUUCCACCGCCUCGCUCGGCCGCUUCCAGCCGCGCCUGCCGAAGGAGUCGGCGGAGCCGCCUUCCCGCAGCGGCGGCAAGAAGCGCCGCUUCGAGCCGCUACUGGGCAACCUGGCGGCCGAGCGCAGCCGGCAGCUGGAGCUGCUGCGGGACAUGGGCAGCAAGAAGCCGGUGCUCGACAUCACCCGCGCCGUCAACAAGCAGAUGCGGCAGGAGGAAGCCGAGGCGGCCGCCGCCAACAAGGGCAAGAAGCAGUCAAAGCGGGGCAAGCGCGGCCGCCGGCAGCAGCGGCCCGGGCGCAGCGGCAAGAAGAGCGGAGCCCGGCGGCAGCCCCAGCAGCAGAAGCCUGCGGGAGGUGGCAGCGGCGGGGGCAGGAGAAAGAAGGCGUGA